AUGGGUGACAAAAAAUAUAAGCAAAGUAAAGCUGAUAUUGCGAAGCAAUUUGAUCUUCCUGAACGCCAGUCCAAAAUCACAACGCUGCUCAACCAAGCAGGGCAAGCGUACUGUAUUUGUCGUUCCUCUGAUAGUUCGCGUUUCAUGAUAGCAUGCGAUUCUUGCGAAGAAUGGUAUCACGGUGACUGCAUAAAUAUCUCUGAGAGGGAAGCCAAGUACAUAAAAAACUAUUUUUGUGAUCGCUGCCGUGAGGAAGACCCUACUCUUAAAACAAGAUUCAGACCCCAGAAGAGGGAAAAUGAUGGAGAUUCUGGAAAAGAGGACAGAAAAAAGAAACGGAAAGAGAAAGAUUAUUCUGAGAAUAAAUCAUCAAAAAGAGCAAGCACCAAGGAUGGAUGUGGAGAUUGUCCAGGCUGUUUACAAUUAAAUGAUUGUGGACAUUGUGAUGCCUGUGAGGAAAUGUAUAAAUAUGGAAGUAGCAAUAAGAGUAAGCUAAAGUGCAAAAUGAGAAUGUGUGUUAAAAGUAAGAAAAUAUCAAAACCGCCAAGUGCUCAGUAUAGCAGUAGUCGUGUUAAAAAGAAGCACCAUGAACGCGAACCAUAUGAGCCCGAGGAGUCCGUCGCCCAUCUACAGACGGCUGAGCCAAGACACUGCUACGGGCCACAGUGUACUCGUGCAGCAUUGUACGGCUCCAAGUACUGUUCGCAUCAGUGCGGCAUGAGGCUUGCCACCGCUAGAAUAUAUCAGGUGUUACCACAACGUAUUCAGGAGUGGUCUCUGUCGACAUGCGUAGCGGAACAGAAGAAUCGAAAAGCGUUAGAAGCGGUCCGCAGCGAAAUCGAACGAGCACAAUCAGCGCUGCGAGCGCUCGACAAACAGCACUCCGAUUUAGACGCACUAGUUUCAAGAGCAAAGAAUGCCACUAUACUACAUAGUGAUGACAAGGAAGCGGACGACGAGACUUCCAUGUACUGUAUAACUUGCGGUCACGAGAUCCACUCUCGUACUGCUGUGAAACACAUGGAGAAGUGUUUCAUAAAGUACGAGGCGCAAGCGUCGUUCGGCAGUCGGCAUCGAACGCGUAUCGACGGACAGAGCAUGUUCUGUGAUUACUACAAUCCCGUCAACCAUACAUACUGCAAACGGCUUAGGGUAAUGUGUCCUGAACACUUUAAAGAUCCUAAAGUGAAUGACUCGGACGUAUGUGGAUGUCCAUUAGUGAAACGUGUGUUCGAACCGACUGGAGAAUUCUGUCGGGCACCGAAGAAGGCCUGCCUGAAACAUUAUCAAUGGGAGAAGCUGAGACGAGCUGAGAUAGAUAUGGAGAGAGUGAGACAGUGGCUAAGAUUGGAUGAGUUGGUCGAGCAGGAGAGGAGUAUAAGACUCGCUAUGGCUUCGAGGGCUGGCGUGUUGGGGCUGAUGCUACACUCCACAUACAAUCAUGAGGUGAUGGAGCGCAUCACCAAUAAGCCUGAUCAGAAGCCUAAGGAGAAACCCUGACGUCUGUAGUGAAUGUUGCAGAAAAAUAUAUUUAAAUAUAGC